AUGCCUUCGCGCCUUGGUCUAUUCCUCCUCAUCACCGUGCUUGGCCAGAUUCCCUGUCAUGCCCGCGACGAGAAGUACGUUACAUGUAUCGCUUGCACCAAUAUCGCGGAUCACCGUUCGUGGGAAUUGAUCAGGCUGGACAGCCGCGGUAUUCUUCGGCAGAUGAUGCCACAUCAGGAAUUUCCCCACCCAGUGCACAGCAAACAAUGCUCGACUUCCUUGGCUGUUACUCGUUGCGAAAGAAGCUAUCGUUGUGCCCAGCUGCAUCUCGAAUAUGAAGACGGAAAAGUGUUGCAUGUGAAGGGAUGUGUCGAUUAUCCUAUGGCACAAUGGCAGGACGGCGCCUACAACUUUACCGACGAGAAAGGAGCGGUUGGCUGGUUCUACGGCUGCAAUUCGACCGACUUUUGCAACCAUGAGGGGGUGAAAUGGCUCAAGGCCGAGGUCAAGAAGGCUGAACAUCUGAAGGCCGAAGAAGCCGAGAAGCAGCGCAAAGCGGAAGAAGCCGAAAAGCAAAAGAAUUCUUACCCGAAUACCCUCGCCUUCCCCAUCACCGCAUUCCUUAUGGUCAUUCACUUCCGACUUUUCAUG